CACUUGCGUGUGAUUCACUGUCUCACUCGCACUCAGUCGCUCUGACUCUUUGUCACUUACAUGUUAGUACAGCCUGCGUAGCGUGUGAGUCUAGCAGACUUGUAGGAUAUAGUUGUUUGUCUCUAUAAGGAACAGGUUGAUGGACGCAUGAUGUGUGUGAGACAGGACCAACAUGGCCCUCUGGGAUAGCUCAAAUAAUAUGUGUAGUAUGGAGCAAACAGCUGGUGGCUCCCCUACAGUUCCAGAGCCAGAGCUCUACCGUAGCAUCCAGGCUGUGCUGCCCAGGGAAACAGACCAGCUACAGCACCCUGACUGUUUCAACAAAGGGAUGCUGAGAUGGACACUUCAUAAGAAGGUUCAAAAGAAUCCUGCAAACAGCUUAUCUCUGGUGUGGUUACUGAUAAAGGAGCUGGAAAAGGCUGAGAGAUGGGACUCUCGCAAAUGCAUUAUCCCAUUGCUCCACACGCUGAUGUAUGCCAUCUUCCAGACAGCCUACAUUCCAGAUGAACUCUACAAACGGAUUUAUGACUUCUGUAAAAGACUCCUGACGUUUCCUCAUCCCUACUGCACUGUGGGCCUUAGCUACUCGAGACAGAUAAAAACUGAACGCUUCAUUCCAGGUCUGAUGUACCAGAGGAUGGUCAUAGCUGAGCAGAGACUAAAAAAUGUUCACUAUCCCUUUCAGGAGAGGGUUUUUGUUUUAGCUGAACCAGAGGUCUUCUCUGAUUCCUUGAUGACAGUUGUGUCGGGGGAUUUUGAGGUAUCAGCUACAGCUUCAGGUCAAUUUCUAAAUCCUCUUGAUCACAUGCGCAGUGUGGUCCAACACUCCAUACAGGCUGCUUUAGGAGCAGAGCAGUGCCAUGGGCCAAAACUCGCUCAAGCCCUCAAGGACAUGGGACAAGACAUUGAGCCAUAUUUUGAGGAAGUGUUGGCGACACUAGAGCAGAGCAUGGAAGAGGGCAGCAGAGGGGAGGGGGGAGCUCUGAGGAACCGCCUUCAACAGCUCUACAGCGAGAUUGUGACCAAUGCCGACUCAGCACCAUUGUCUGGUGGACCGCUAUGUGACUGCCCUCUUCCUAACCCAGAGAUGAGCUUCCACCUGUGGACAGAGGAUCUGGAUAUUUGGCGAGAGGUGGCCAAGUGGUUGCGAUCCAGUUCCAUGUCAGACCAGUUCUCCAUCAUCCAAGAGCAAGAGGACCCUGAGCUGGGUGAAUCGCCCACUGAAAUGAUGCCAUGUGACAUGACGCGCUUCUCCAUUAUGUCCAAUGACAGUGGUAUUGAAAGGGACCUGCCACCCAGCACUGAGCCGUCCCCAUCAUCAUCUCUGGACACUGUCAGCAUGAGUGGACCAUGGGAACAAUGCAAAACUGAGCAAGACUCGAAAUUGUCAAGGCGUGGAGGCAUCAAAAUGAAACCAAAUGUAAAGGACAGUAUGGUGCUGAUACAGGAAAAUAUGGAGGAUCAGGCAAGCCUCGGAGGGGCAGGAGGAGGUGGGGGCAGGGGAGGAAGAAGAGGGACCACUUUGCAGAGAAGAGCAGGAAGCAGCAUGAUGCACAACCCCUUCCCCAAGCAACAGAGACAAUUCACUGCCAGGAUAGUUGUCAUGGGGAGUGAUAGGGUGCUGGGCCGCCUGGCUAAAGCCUAUUACUUCUUCAGGAAAAGGGAAGCGCGAAGGCUUUUUCUUACUACGAAAGUCAGCCUCCAGUUUUACUACAUCCCUGUUUGCAGUGUUCGAAGUCCCAUCUCCCCAGUUAUUGAAAACCACCAUCAAUCCAAAGGGGAUUUCUGCACUCUUGGUUCAUAUUUGAGCAAUGUGGACCCAUGGUACAACUGCAACAUCAAGAGUUUGGGUGGCAUGAUUCCCAACCUGGCCAAGACGCAACAAGCAACCAAUGAGAGGCAAAAAGAGCCCUUCGUCUCUGACAUCAUUUCCUACUAUGUCCGUACUGGUCAGCAGCCUGUCUACUUCGCUAUCUACUUUGUUAAGAUAUCGUUCAACAACAUGACAAAGGAGCCUGUGGAGGAUGUGUUCCUUACCCAUCUGGAGAUGGAGUUCCCUGAAUUCAAGCAUAUCGCCGCCUCAGUUAGAGGAGAUAAACACAAGAAGAGCUCGGGGGAGGGAUGCGGCGCUGUUGUCUCAAUGAAUUACAGAAAGGUGACAUUAAGUGGCAGAGACACCGAUGAAGGAAUUUCAAUCAGGAUGACAGGCGCACAGAUCAAUGCCAUUCCUUCCAAUGAAGCAGAAGAUCUGAACUGUUUGACACUGAUACUGAAUGAACCUUCUGUAAAGACAAAAAACAACAUUGCAGAGUCAAAGAUUCGAACAAGCAGCAUUAAGGUUCGCACUUUAGAAAGACGAUCUUUCACUAUUACUCUGGACAGAGAUCAUCGUAGGACCUACAGAAAUGUGCAGAGCAUCGAGGUCUAUCCCUGUCUGGAUCCAGGAUACUGCGUCCAGAAGACAAUGAGGUCCAAAUACAAGUUGGAAGAGGAUAGAGAUGCUGGACUGAGCAAGUACAUGAACAAAGGACUUCCUCUACCAAUCAAUACAUUUGCUGGCAUCAUCAACUGAUGUGAUGAAGUGACCCCACAGAGACGCUUGAGAAUUAGGACCAACCCAUGUUGUGUUUGGGCAGUGGGAAUGGUCUUUGUCUCUCUUAAACAUCUAAUCUGACACGUAAAAAAGAAAUCACCUCUGAGUCAUGAUGAGCUGCUUCUGAAACCAGAGUUUCACUUCUGACAGUCUGAAGUGACUGGCACAUGGCCUACAGUACUACGUAAAUAGUAAAUAACUUUUUUACUGCAGGUUAUGAUUAAACCUGAUAGUGUUCAUUCUUUAUGAAUAACCUGCUGUGCACACUUUAAGGCAGGCAUUGAAUAUAUGCCAGCUGGAAUAAUGCCAAGGAAACAAUCUUGUCUCUAAAACUGGAGAGACCAGCAGUGAAGCUAAAGUAAGCAAAAGUAUGGGCCUGAUUACAUGGGUAAUUGGAUCAACAAUCAUCUGGUGUAAUAAAAACUGGAAACUUUGCUUCAAAAAGCUGUCACUUAGUGGAGCAGAUUUGAUUUUGUAACAGUUGCUCUAUAGACACACUACCUUUUACUGCAUCAUUGACACAAACAUGCACACACGGUAUACACAAAGUAAUACUGACAAACAUGACCUGUCACAUUCUGAAAUGAUUAAAUAACUGAAAAACUAGUACGAUGACAGCUGACGUUCACUGUUGUUUUUGUCCUGACACAAUACCUUUUUAUUCAUGUACCUGUUACAUAAUGUGAGCUGUUAGUAAGGUGCUAAUGCUGACAGUGGCCUUGGGUUUAGUGUUUGGAAACUUUCUAAAAAAAAAAAUGUUUUUUACUAGAAUCACACUGUAAAAACUAAAACCAUGCGCAAUGUCAGGAAUUACUACAGAACAAAAACAACACAGCUACUGUCUACCAAACGGAGGUGACAGAUUAGGGUUUGCCUGCCUUAUAAUGUACAUGACAAAUAGCUAAAGAGUGGGGGACACAAGAAAAUGAAAGUUACAUACAUGCCAGUAAAUGUCUCCAAUUUACCGAGGUGUGAAAAUCACCCUUAGCCUCCAUUCACUUAUGCACUGUGUUAGGUGAAGCAGAAAAGUUGCACUAAAACUGCAGAAAUGUUUAUCGUUUUAUUUUAGGAACAACAUUGUGUGAGAUGUGCAACAUGUUACUGUGUAAUUGUAAUUACUGAACAUGUCAUAAUUGUGGAAACGUCCAUGGAAACAUCCACCUAUAUCUCUGAGAUAUAGGUGGAUGUUUGAGAUCAAACACAAUCGUUGGCUCAGUUGUUGCAAAACAGUUGCGUUGCUACAGGUAUGAUUCUAGGCAGAAAGGUCUCAGCCUCAGGAAAUGGAAAUGAUUAUUAGAUUUGUGGCAAAAACAGUCAAGUGUGUGUAUGUGUGUCAAAUAGCCUUGCAGGGUAAAAUCACAAGUUUGAAAUUCAUGAUAUAUUUUGCACAUUAUUUUUCUUAUAUGUGAUAUAAA